CUCAUGUUUGCUCGUCAAGCAAAUUGUCGCCGCCUUGUUUUUCUCUGAGGAUUAAAAGUAGAAAGGUUUGAGACAUUUAAUAAUACCUGGGAUUUAUAUAGCGCUUCAUUCAUUCACAGCUGGUGAUGGUAAGCUACUUUCAUAGCCACAGCUGCCCUGGAGUAGACUGACGGAAGCGUGGCUGCAAUUUGCGCCGACCACCACCUAUCAUUCAUCAUUCAAUUCACCGGUGUGAGUGGCACCGGGGACAAAGGGUGAAGUGUCCCGCCCAAGCACACAACGGCAGCGAUUUUUGGAUGGUAAGAGGCGGGGAGCGAACCUGCAACGGUUUCUGGCACGGUUGCUCUACCCACUACGCCAUGCCGCCCCAGAUGAUGAACUUGCUUUUCUUCUUCCUCCUACUUGUACAAACACACAGCGUGACGCCUGUGAUUCAUUCACUUGAGUAUUUCACCACUGCAUCCUCUCAAGUUCCAAACUUCCCUGAGUUUGUGAGUGUUGGUUAUGUUAAUGAAGUUGAGAUUAUUUACUAUGACAGCAACAUCAGGAAAGCAGAAUCCAAACAGGACUGGAUGAACAACAUCACAGCAGAGGAUCCAGACUACUGGCAGAGACAAACAAAGUACAAUGUUAUUAAUGAACAUAUCUUCAAAGAGAACAUUGAAACAUUUAAGAAGCGUUUCAACCAAACUGGAGGUGUUCACACUUACCAGAGGAUGUCAGGAUGUGAAUGGAAUGAUGAGACUGAUGAGGUUAACGGUUGGGAGCAGUACAGUUAUGAUGGAGAAGAUUUAAUAUCGUUGGACAUGAAGACAUGGACAUACACUGCAGCAAAACUACAAGCUUUCCCCUCCAAAUUCAAGUGGGACGAAAACAAACCUCUACUAGACUACAUUAAGUUUUAUUACACUGAGGAUUGUCCUUCUUACUUGAAGACGUAUGUGAAGUAUGGGAAGAAGGUCCUAAUGAGAACAGAGCUUCCAGAGGUGUUCCUCCUCCAGAAGACGCCGUCCUCUCCGGUCAGCUGCAUGGCGACAGGUUUCUACCCCGACCGAGCCGACCUGUUUUGGAGGAAAGACGGCGAGCAGAUCUUCGAGGACGUGGAGCACGGAGAGCUGCUCCCCAACCCCAACGGAACCUUCCAGAUGUCGGUGGAGCUGAAAGUGGAGGUGACUGCUGAGGUGGAGGGCAAGUACGAAUGUGUGUUCCAGCUGUCUGGCGUCAAAGAGGACCUGGUCACCAAGCUGGAGAGAAGAAGCAUCCUGAGCAACGCAAGCCAUGAAGGCAAUGUCUGCGUCACUGCCACGGUGGCGGUCCUCGUUGGGGCGGUCCUCGUUGGGGCGGUCCUCGCUGCGGUGGUCCUCCUGGCGCCCGGCAUCAUCAUCAUCAUCAAGCGUUGCCCAAGCAGACAAGCCGAAUACGAUCCAACCGUCAUUAAAAGAUUACAGUUGGUACAAAAUGCGGCUGCUAGACUUUUGACAAGAACAAGAACCAUCCAUCCAUCCAUCUUCAACCGCUUAUCCGGAAUCUGGUCGCGGGGACAACAGCUCCAGCAGAGACCCCCAGACUUCCCUCUCCAGAGCAACAUUAGCGACUUCCUCCUGGGGAAUCCUGAAGCGUUCCCAGGCCAGAGAGGAGAUGUAAUCCCCCCAUCUGGUCCUUGGCAUGCCUCGGGGUCUCCUCCCAGUGGGACGUGCAACGAGGACCUCCCUAGGGAAACGCUCAUGAGGCAUCCUCACUUUCCAAGCAAAGGAGCAGCGGCUCUACUCCGAGUCUUUCUCGGGUGACUGAACUUCUCACCCUAUCUCUAAGGGAGAUGCAAGCCACCCUUCUGAGGAAACUCAUUUCGGCCUCUUGUAUCCGCGAUCUUAUUAUUUCGGUCAUGACCCACACUUCAUGACCAUAGGUGAGAGUAGGAAUGUAGAUAGCUUGGUAGACCGAGAUCUUUGCCUUCUGGCUCAGCUCUCAUUUCGUCACAACAGUGCGGCUGAGAGACUGCAAUACUGCCCCAGCUGCUCCGAUUCUCCGGCUGAUUUCCUUCUCCAUCUUUCCCUCCCUCGUGAACAAGACCCCGAGAUACUUCAACUCCUCCACCUGGGACAGAGUCUCGUCCUCUACCUGGACUGUACAAACCAUCGGUUUCCUGCUGAGAACCAUGACCUCAGAUUUGGAGAUGCUGAUCCUCAUUCCAGCCGCUGAACACUCGGCUGCGAACCGAUCCAGUGAGAGCUGAAGGUCACGAACCGAAGGUGCCAUCAGGACCUCAUCAUCUGCAAACAGCAGUGACGCAACCUUUAGCCCCCGAGAUGUAUACCCUCUCCGCCAAGGUCACGACUCUGCCUAGAAAUCCUGCCCAUGAAAAUCACAAACAGGAUAGGUGAAAGAGCGCAAAACAACAAGAACGCUUGAUCAUAUUACGCCUAUAGUUAAUCACCUCAAAUCAGUGAUUCUCAAACUGGACGCGGGCUCCACCUAGUGGUAUGCCAAAGAAUCACUUAAGUAAAUAUUCAAACUCAGUGUUAUUGUUCAAACUGUGUGUAAAUAUUAAAUAAAACCUGUCUGAUUUUUAAUGAAUACGUUGGCCUACUACGCUACUGCAUUUUAAUGUUGGUCAAUAUGGUAGUAAUUAGAGAGCCAGGUUUUUUCUGAGAUGGUACUUGUUGAUAAAAGUUUGAGAACCACUGCUUUAAAUUACAGUCAUGAUGCCUCAGGACCACAUCUUAAUUGUUUCCAUUUAUUACUACUUCUGUUCACAAUACACACUUUAGACUCCUCAUUGUACAGUAGCUUUAGGUUCAGUACUGUAUUUACUACUUUACGUUUUAGUUGUGUACCUCUAUGUAAUUUCCUCAUUGUGUUUCUUGUCCAGAAUCACAUGACUAAAAGCUUCUAUAGGAUCUCUUAGAUUGCAAUCGGCUUUAAUCAGUAGCAUAACAGUCCUUUUUGAACACCAGUUGUACAUUUUGUGUGUAGAGGUGAGUUAACAAACAGUACAGAGUACAGGCCAGUUUUACUGUGUACACUAGUUAUUCUCAAACUGGGGUACUGGCUCCAUCUAGUGGUAAAAUCACUUCGUUAAAAUACAGUGGGGGUUUUUUUCCCCCAUAUUCAAACUGUGUAAUGUUACAGUGGUCAAAAUACAAAAUAUACGUGGUAAAUAAAAACCUUAUGUCAUGUAAAUAAUGUAUUUUUAUAAUGUUGUGUUAUUGUUAGAAUUACACAAAAUGUGUAAGUUACGUGAAAAUACCUGAAGGUUGUUCGAUGUUCUGUCAAUGCGGAACCAUUGUCUCGUUGUCCCUCCUACUGCACUAAUUGCUGUGACACCUGCAUCUUUAUACGUGUUGGACACGCCUUUCUACUUCCCUUUUGUCCACGAUAAUGGGAGAGGUAGGCGA